GAUAAGGCUUUCUGGCUGACCGAAGAAAGACGAGGGGUGCACUCAGAGACCCGGGCAGUGCUCGCUCGCGGCCCCACAGCAGCGGUAAAACUGGAGUCCCGCUCCAGCAGAGCCCGGCGUCCGGGCGAAAGCAGCAUUCUUUCUCGAGCGGUGGCCUGGCGGCUGCGCGCCUCGGCAGCCUCGCGCUUGGCUGCCCGGAACUAAGAGAGCAUCCUCACCUGGUAAGAGGGAGGAGGGGAACUUGGUGCCAGCCUACUGCGGCGCCAGAGAGCCAGAGCCCAUCGUCCUCCCUGCCGCAGCGGUUGUUAAUGCCUGGGAGCGGCCAAGGUUCAUUUGUUUUCUUUCCGGAUGUUUGUCUUAAACAUGGACAAAUACACCGCCUUCCAGGGUCGUACUGUUUACCUUGCCAGCAGAACAUCUUUUUACUUCAAGACGUUUGAUACUCCCAAUCUCUGAAUUCUGGUGUUUAUGUUGAAUAUGCCUUAUUAGCAUAUUAAAAUGGCUGUACCCAAAGACGCCAUCCCUUCCUUGUUGGAAUGCCAGUGCCAGAUCUGUGUGGAAAUCCUAAGUGAGCCUGUGACACUCCCUUGUAACCACACGCUCUGUAAACCAUGCUUCCAAUCGACUGUCGAAAAGGCAAAUUUGUGCUGUCCCUUCUGUCGCCGCCGGGUCUCUUCGUGGACUCGGUACCAUACCCGAACAAAUUCUCUUGUCAAUACGGAACUGUGGGAGAUAAUUCAAAAACACUAUCCAGAGGAAUGCAAGCUUAGAGCCUCUGGGCAAGAAUCAGAGGAAAUUGUUGAUGACUAUCAGCCAGUUCGCCUAUUAAGUAAACCUGGGGAAUUAAGAAGAGAAUAUGAAGAGGAGAUAAGCAAGGUGGAGGCAGAGCGACGAGCUAAUGAGGAAGAAGAAAACAAAGCCAGUGAAGAAUACAUACAGAGAUUACUGGCAGAGGAGGAAGAAGAGGAUAAGAGACAGGCAGAAAAAAGGCAAAGGGAGAUGGAAGAACAACUGAAAAGUGAUGAAGAGCUGGCAAGAAAGCUAAGCCUUAAUAUUAACAAUCUCUGUGAGGGAAGUAUCUUGGCUUCACCCUUGAAUUCCGAAAAGUCUGAUCCAGUCACAACCAAGUCACAGAAGAAAAGUAAGAACAAACAAACAAACAUUGGAGAUAUUCAGAAGUAUUUGUCACCUAAAUCUCAACUUGGGUCAACAUCACAGGCUGAAGUUGUACAAGAAGACAGGAAAGACUCCAUGUCUAAGGAAACUGACAGCAGUGAUGUGAAGAGCCCUACAUGGCAAGACACAGAAAUUGAGGAAGAUAUGCCAACACUUUCUCCUCAGAUAUGCCUUGAAGUUCAAGAACAAGAUGCUCAAUCUUCAGUGGAGUCACCUAUGCCUCAGUUAUGUGCCAGUGGUAGAGAAUGGUGCCUUGAAGGAAAAGUCAAAACAGGACCAAGCAAUCAUGAAAAAGAGUUAUGUGUCAUAAAUCAUGAGGGACCUGAAGCCAGAGUUCCCUACUCUGGAGAAGCUGCAGUUAAGCCUUGUGGCAAAACAGAGAGUCGGUGCACUGUAUCAGAUAUGACACAGAUAAUUAGAAAUAACACAGUUGAGACAGAAAAUGAAGAGUCUCACCUACUGAUCAGUAAAGAUAUCUCCAAAAGAAAAAACCAGGAAUCUUUGUCUGAAGCAGUCAGGGAUCCAUGCUUUUCUGCAAAAAGAAGAAAAAUGUUCCCCAAAGCUUCCUCAGACCAAGAAGAAACAGAAAUCAACUUUACCCAAAAACUGAUAGAUUUGGAAUGUCUACUUUUUGAGAGACGUAAACAAGAAGAACAGGACAGGUUAUUAGCAUUACAACUUCAGAAAGAGGUGGAUCAAGAACAAAUGAGGCCAAACCGGCAAAAAGGAUCCCCAGAUGAAUAUCAGUUACGUGCUGCAUCCUCACCUCCAGAGAAAUUACUAAAUGGACAAAGGAAGAAUUCCAAAGAUAGAAACUUCAAAAGACAAAGUGAUCUAGAGCAUCCAAAACCUAGGAGAGGCUCAAAAAAUGAAAAUUGGCAACCUUCUUUUAAGAUCCAGUUGAAACAUUCAGUUAAUGGAAGAAAGAUAACAAAUUCUACUAGAGAUAAUUGUAAUGUACCUAAAACUCCUCAUUCCCUACAGCCUAGUAAGUCACAGAAAAGUAUUUUUCAGAUGUUUCAGAGAUACACAAAGUAGUGCUUGGGUAAGGGGAAUGUUGUAUAAUCUAGUGAAGCUCUCUAUCAUAGAUUCUUUAUAAACUUUUCAUUAAUUCUGCUCCGUGGGCAUACUCACUGUCCUUAAUUAAAGGACGACGUGAUUACAAGGGAGGAAUAUACAAAUGCAUUUCUGCCAAACUCUGUUGUAAGCAAGAGUCCCACUCCUUUCCUUUUUUAAUAACUGGUGUACUAAGUUUAAGUUGACAGUCGCAAGUUCGUGCACCGGUCUGGGAGGAUCCCACAUGCCGCCUAGCGGCUGGGCCCGUGAGCCAUGGCCGCUGAGCCUGUGCGUCCGGAGCCUGUGCUCCGCAACGGGAGAGGCCACAACAGUGAGAGGCCCGCGUACCGCAAAAAAAAAAAAAAAAAAAAAGGGUUAGGAUCAAUGUGAAAGCAGAAAAAUCAGAGUUUUCUGGAAAAUUAGGACUUAGUUGACAGAAAGAAAACUAGACUCUUGAUGCAAAAGUAGCUAAGCUUGGGAUGAGGCUGAGUGGGGUAGAUUGACAAUUUGGAGGCCUUGAAACUGAGUGGAUGAUCAGACAACUGGGUCCAGGCUGGAGUAGCAGGUGUAGUUUGGCAAAGUAUUCUUCCUCAUGCUUUCUUUGCUAGAUGGCACAGAAAACAUUUGGGUUUUAACAGCUUUUCAUACCAUACUACCUAAUUUGCUAUUCCAAAAAAAGGGGGGGAAUUUACUGUAGGAGAAUUAUGUCACAGUAUCCUGUUGUAGAACCUGACUAACCAUGUGUUUAUUUCCUUAUGUUAACCUUUGUAUUGAUACUGACUUUUAUUUGUGUUUAUGGACAAAAAUAGAAAGUAUGAUAUUUGGGUUUUGCCCUGUCUUACCCCCGAAAGUUAAAUCAGAAGGCUGUGAUUUCAUUUUGUGAAAUUCAACUUAGAGACUAUUAAUCUUUUGUUUCAUUAAUAUGAACAACUUUGAGCAAACAACCAUUUUAACAGCAUUGCUGCUGAUAUCUAGUUAGCCAUCCUUUUAAGGUAAUAAUGCAAUAAAAUGUCCUAGAGCUAAUAAUUCUGGCUUAAAUUUGUCAAUGUUUUUAUACAUAAUUAAGAUUUUUUUCCUCCAAAUUUUGUAACUGAAAUUCUGUAAUCUUUGCAUACUUGAUGGCGUCUACUUCAAUAUUGAUUGGGUAAUUAUGGGUAGAAUUCUGAUGCUAAUUUAAAAUUUAGUUUGCCCUUUCUCAAAAGUGAUUGUCCCCUGAGUAAUGAUUGUGCUGAAAUGAAGUAUAGUUAGAAACUAAAAAAGUUUGUCUAAAAUAGACUAAAAUAUAUCUUUUCAUCAAACCAAUAUUUUUAAGACCAAUUUUGCUUUACAUUUUAGUGACUCUUCAAAUUAAAAGUUAUAUAAUUAAAUCUUCCUGGAAUAGUCCAUGACCAAAAAGGGGGGAAAAUAGUGUAAUGUAUUUAGGAUUUACAUAUAUAACCACUUAUUUGUCUGUGAAGAAGUCUUCCUGACUAAAGUUGGUUUUAAGAUAAAUUUUAAUUUCUCAAUUAGUCUUUCUGAUACUACCAUGUAUGCAUUUUUGUGAGAAACUAGUAUAUGUUUUGUGUCAGUCAUUAGAAUUUACUGAUACUUUCCUACCAUUUUUAUGGAAGGGAUAUGAGAGUGUUUAAUUUCUCAGGGAGUGCUAAAACUAUGCAGAGGUUGAGAAUCUGAAAAUUAAAAUAAUUAUUAAAAAUUGAAAUGGACUAUGUGUUUUUCACAGUUAAAAAUAAACAAAUGAAAAUUAAAAGUUCUGCAUAACAAAAACUACCAUAAAGGAAAAUUGGAAGACAUGGCAAACUUGAGAAGAAAUAGAUACAACUCAUCACAAAGAGUUAAUUUCCUUUAUAUAAAGUGUCUGCCAAUACGUUUAGAAAAAGACUAACAACCCAAAAGGAAAAUUAGAAAAGUUUAUGUUCCCAAGAAACAUAGUUCCCAGGAAAGGAAAUAUAAGUGGCUCUUAAAUGUGUGAAAAGAUGCAUAAUAUACUAAUACUCAUACAUUUUUCUACCCUUCAGAUUAGUAAAGGUGUUUUGUUUUGGGGGUUUUUUUUUCCCUCAGUCUUGGCAAGCAUGUGGGUAAAUAGGCACUCUUAUAUGUUGCUUGGUAUGAAUAGAAACUUUUAAAGCCCUAGAGAUGUAACCUUGGCAAUCUACCUCUAGGAAUUUCUUAAAGCUGUUUUCACAUAUAUGUAGAAUGGCAUGCAGAAAACAUUUUUGUUUGGCAUUGUUUGUAAUAACAAGCUUAGAAACAACCUUAAUCAUAUCAAGAAACACUAAAUAAAUGAUGGUAAAAUAGAAUACUAUACAGCAAUUAAGCAAAAAACCCACUUUACUAAUACGAAAAGAACUAUAAGAUAUAGAGUUAAACAAAAAAUGUAGAGUAGUAUACAUAGUGUGCAACCAUUUAUCCAAAGAAGAGAAAUAUAUAUUUAAGAGAGAUAAACAGUGUUGCCAGCAGGGAGAGAAACUGGGUGGCUGGGAGACAGGAGUGGUAGAAUCACUUUUCUCUAUAUGUUCUUUUAUACUUUAAAAUUUUUCAAUCAUAUUAAAUAUAUCAUCUCAAAAUUUAAAUGUUAUUAAAAUAUUAC